UCUGCUGCUUGGUUUUGAACUUGUCUUUCGUUAACGAUCCAACUUGUCUGUGCUGGGAACAUAUCGUUUUCUCGCCAUUGCAGCAGCGUUUGACCGUUUUAUCACUGCACGGCAUUAAAGGACGAGACACAACGCGUAUCAAGAAACUAAGGUCAUGUCGGAGUGUUCAGAGGCAGAUGUGAAGGAACUAAGUCCUGUGGACUUCAUUCAGCUGCAGCAGUACAUUGACUAUUGUAGCCUGAAGGUGAAAGAUGUGCUGAAGGAAUUUGAUGCAGAUGGCAAACUGGCAAAGUACAGACAUGGUGAGUGCAUCGACGAGGAGGGUUUCCGGCUGUUCCUCAGGACCUAUCUGGAGGUGGAGGACUUCCCAGCAGAUCUCUGCCAGCGCCUCUUCCGAUCUUUUCAGAGUUCGGACAAUGCCAGGGAGGUCUUCCUUAAGGAUGUGUCAUGUUACUUUUCUCUCCUGGAGGACGGACAGCCCAGGGAUAAACUGGAGUUCACUUUCAAACUCUAUGACAGAGAUGGCAAUGGACUCUUGGAUAGUUCUGAAGUGGAUCGGAUCAUCGCCCAAAUGAUGCAUGCUGCAGAUUACCUGGGCUGGGAUGUGUCAGAGCUCAGACCAGUGCUGAAGGACAUGAUGACAGCAAUAGAUUCAGACUGCAGUGGGACAGUGUCCCUGGACGAGUGGAUCGAAGGAGGAAUGAACAACGUCCCACUGCUCGUAUUACUUGGACUGAAGAUGACUCAAAAGGACGGGCAGCACUUGUGGAGGUUGAAACAUUUCAAUAAGCCUGUUUACUGUAACGUGUGUCAGAGUAUGCUGCUAGGACUCCGCAAACAAGGCCUCUGCUGCACCUGCUGUAAGUACACAGUCCACGGCAGAUGUGCUAAUAGGAACCCAGCUCCCUGCUCACGCACGUACGUCAAGUCUAAGAAAGAGACCGGGAUUGCAGCCCAUGACUGGGUGAGCGGCAACUGUGACUCGGGGAAGUGCGACAGAUGUCAGAAGAAGAUCAAGAGUUUACAAGGCUUGACAGGGAAGCGCUGUGUGUGGUGCCACACUAUGCGGCAUGACGAAUGUGUGGCUUUGGAGCCAUUAGAGUGUAACUGUGGACCACUGAGAGAUCACAUUCUACCACCCUGGGCCAUCUAUCCCGUCAUCAUGGAAAGACCAAACUGCAUGAAAAAUGGCUGCUAUGGAUCUGCUGAUGACAGCGAACAACACAACACCACUCCUGAUGGACAGGUGCUACAGAUAAAUCCUGUACCAGACACACACCCUCUCCUGGUAUUUGUGAACCCAAAGAGUGGAGGCAAGCAGGGAGAGAGAGUUCUUCGUAAAUUCCAGUACUUGUUGAAUCCACGACAAGUUUAUAAUCUGUCCAGUGGCGGUCCAGGCCCGGGACUUUGCUUUUUCAGAAAUCUGCAAAAUUACAGAAUAUUGGUUUGUGGAGGUGAUGGUACUGUUGGCUGGAUUCUUGAUGCUAUAGAUAAGGCGAACUUGCCAGUGCGCCCCCCGGUGGCUGUUCUGCCCUUAGGCACUGGAAAUGACCUGGCACGGUGUCUGCGAUGGGGAGGAGGAUAUGAUGGCAUGGAUCUGAGUAGAAUCCUAAAGGAGAUUGAAGCCAGCACACCUGUAUUUAUGGACAGAUGGAGUAUCCAAGUUAUUCCAGAGGACAGUGAGGAAAAAGGAGACCCCGUGCCUUAUGAAAUCAUCAAUAACUACUUCUCCAUCGGUGUGGAUGCCUCUAUCGCUCACCGGUUCCACACGAUGAGGGAAAAACAUCCCCAGAAGUUCAACAGCAGAAUGAAGAACAAGCUGUGGUACUUUGAGUUUGCCACAUCAGAAACUAUUUCCGCAUCAUGUAAGAAACUGAAGGAGUGCUUGACCAUAGAGUGUUGUGGUACAGUGUUAGACCUCAGUAAUCUUUCUCUGGAGGGCAUCGCUGUUCUUAACAUACCCAGCAUGCACGGCGGCUCCAAUCUGUGGGGGGAUGCCAAAAAAAGUGAGAGGGGCUGGGCUGAGCAGGAGCUUCCAGACGUCAUCGUAGACCCUGAAGUCUUAAAAGUCAGCCCCCAAGACAUGAGUGACAAGCGUCUGGAGGUGGUGGGGCUGGAGGGGGCCAUAGAGAUGGGUCAGAUUUACACAGGGUUGAAGAGUGCAGUCCGACUGGCCAAAACCUCACAGAUCACCAUCAGGACCAAGAAGGCUCUGCCCAUGCAAACUGACGGAGAGCCAUGGAUGCAACCUCCAUGUACAAUUCACAUCACACACAAGAACCAGGCCAGCAUGCUGAUGGCUCCACAGGCCAAAUCCUCCAGCUUUUUUAACCUGAAGUAGAGAAGUGCUGAGGCCCUUUUGUGAUUUCUUUGGUACACUCAUACACAGACACUGAAAACUCCUCUGACGCGCGGCCUACAUUUCUAUGUGUUUGUAAAUUUUCUAGAAUGAAUGGAGUCAAAUGCUUUGUUUUUUGACUGGUGCAGUAUUGAGACAUGGCUAUUGUGCUGAUCUCAUUAACACAGUGAGGGUUUAUGUUCACACAAUGAGUUUCCUC